GAUCGCUAUUUUAUCCCUGAGAUCUUUCUUUUCUCGAAAUCGCUAUCUUAAAACUGCAUAAAACUAGUUGAAAAUAAGUGUUUUAUCAUUUUUGAUCAGCCAUUGGUAUUAUAAUUUCCAACCUGAAGCGAAGAAGGCCGUCUUCUCCGAARGAUUUGGACAACAACAUGGCGGAUAUAAAAGCCAUCGUUCAAGAGAACAUCAAAAACCAUCCAGUUAUGAUUUUCUCGAAGUCCUAUUGUCCUUUCUGCAAAAAAGUGAAGGGGCUCUUUGAAUCAAUGAAUGUCAACUAUCAUGCCCUUGAACUUGAUUUAAGAGAUGAUGGGCAAGCCAUUCAAGAAAAUUUACUAGAGGUAACUGGACAAAAGACUGUGCCAAAUGUCUUCAUCCAAGGCAAGCAYAUUGGAGGAUCUGAUAAUGUACAUCUGCUUUAUGAAGGAAAGAAACUAUUGCCAUUGAUUAACCCACCYUCAGCGAACUAUGAUUAUGAUUURAUUGUGGUGGGUGGUGGAUCUGGUGGACUGUCUUGUGCAAAGGAAGCUGCUAAUUUAGGAAGAAAAGUUGCAGUUCUGGACUUUGUUAAACCAACUCCAAUAGGAACAGCUUGGGGUCUUGGAGGAACUUGUGUUAAUGUUGGUUGUAUCCCCAAGAAACUUAUGCAUCAAGCGGCACUACUUGGCCAAGCUUUAGAAGAUGCUAAGCAUUAUGGAUGGGACUAUGGCGAUAAAGUUGAGCACCAAUGGGAGACGCUAAGAGAAGGUGUGCAGAAUCAUAUUGGCUCACUAAAUUGGGGAUAUAGAGUUCAGCUUAGAGACAAAAAAGUCACAUACAAGAAUGCUUAUGGUGUAUUCAUUGAUAAUCACACUAUCAAGACAACAGAUAAAAAAGGCAAGGAACUGGUAAUGACAGCUGACAAGUUUGUUCUAGCCACUGGACUAAGGCCUCGUUACCCAAACAUCCCUGGUGCUAAAGAGUUUGGCAUUACUAGGUAUAAAGUCCCUGCUGAUGAUAACGAGAAGACCAAUGUCCCUAAUAUUUAUGCUAUUGGUGAUAUCUUGGAUGGAAAACUAGAACUCACCCCUGUUGCUAUAGAAGCUGGCAAGCUUUUAUCAAGACGGUUAUACAGAAAUGACACUCUACUGACUGAUUACAUCAAUGUACCUACAACAGUAUUCACCCCCCUGGAAUAUGGUGCCAUUGGAUAUUCUGAAGAGGACGCAAAAGCCAAGUUUGGCGAAGAUAAUAUAGAAGUGUAUCAUCUAGAGUUCCAACCUUUGGAGUACACUGUAGCCCACAGAGAAGCUAAUGCUUGUUAUGCAAAGAUUUUAUGCAACAAAGAAGAUGGGGAAAGAGUCAUUGGUUUUCACUACCUUGGGCCUAAUGCUGGUGAGGUAACUCAAGGCUAUGCAGUGGCAAUCAAGUGUGGUGCAACAAAGGCUGAUUUCAGCAACACUGUGGGCAUCCAUCCUACGUGCUCAGAGAACUUUACCACAAUGGAAAUCUCCAAAAGUUCUGGUGCUACAUUUACCGUGACAGGCUGCUGAGGUUAAUUCCCUACUGUUUGUAGCCCAUCAUGUUUAAAUAGCAUGUUACUAGGGCAACAGUAGGGAGAAUGACAUCUUCACUCUUAGUCCAGUAUUAUGUAUUGACUGUAUAUUUGUGCAGUUUUAUGACGGCUUAGUUUCUAAACCUAUCUGUUGGGUGAAACGUGCUUGAUGAAAUAUAUAUAUACUUUGGGAAAUUAUUAUUUGUUUUGAGAUAAAAUGCAAGCAUCACUUAUACAUUUAUGAACUUCAAAACUUCUCAAAAUGGUUUUCUGUGAAUUGAGCUGCAAAUUAUAGCCUUGAUGUAAGGUUUUUGAUGUUGACUUACUGUAAAAUUUAUUAACGUUAUCAUCCCAGCAUUCUUAUUUAAUUUGUAUUUUGUACUCAGAUACACAGCACUUUACUUCACAACUAAUUUAAAAUUCAGUCUAGAGCCACCUCUUGCGUGUGGCAUCAAAGCAACUUCAUCAAGAGGACAAACAAAAAGAUCUUUGCCCUCUUGGGAACUAGAAUCCAUGAUUGUUUUGUCCUCCAGUUGGAGAUCCAUUCCUACGAACUGCGUUGGUUCAAUAUUACUAUAAUUUAUAAUAGUGAUGACAGAACAAAUUAUAGAAAUGAAGGAGCUAUCACAAUGCACUACAUUUUUUACUAGACAAGUUUAAAAAAAUAUCUAAUAGCAAUCUACRUAGGAAGCAAAGACUGGCUCACUAUCGCAUUAAUACAUACUUAUUAGAGAUUUAUUAUGCUUGCAUUUGUCUUAAAAAGAAGUCUAGUAUUCAGAACUACUAGUCUCCUUAGAAUUACCAGUGUGAGAAAAAUGCUGAAAUUUAAUAAAAUGUUUUUUUCAAAUCAAA